AUGGAGGUCCUGGAGUCCGCGCUGUACUUGGCGCAGGUGGCCAUCCAAAGGGCUGCGGCCAAGUCGAGCACUCCCCCCAUCUGGUGGGUGACACAUGGGACCCAGGAGGGCACGAUCCGCAGCUACAUGCACUCCGGGCUUUGGGGACUUGCCCGCACGUUCCGCAUGGAGGAGCGGGGAGUUGAGCUACGAUGCCUGGACCUGGAUGGGUCCCUCACCACGAGCGACGCCCUGGUUUCAAGCUUAAAGCACUGGCUGACCGUCUUGAAGGGAACAGAGGCCGAAACGGAGGUGGGGGGUUCUCAAUGA